AUGGAUGAUUACAAUCGUGGUGUAUUAGAGUAUACCAUGGCCAAUCGUACUGCUCAAGCUUUAAAGAGAACUCAUCAAACUAGAACAAUCAGUAUAUAUGGAAUUGGUCUAAGUGAUCCUCUAAACCAAUCGGAACUUCAUGUCAACAUGAUGCUUCAAAGUGAAAUGAAACAAAACUCUCUUUCUCGAGACCAAAUGUGUCCUCUUCAUCAAUUGAGUUUGGAAAGUGGCCAUGAACCAAACUUUGUACGAGACGACAGUUCACGUUCGUUUAACUGGGUGACAAGAGAGGAUAGCUGUAGAUGGAUGCGUACAAUGGCUCUGCUAUCCAAGAGAAUAUUUGCCUUCAUCUCAACAUCGCUCUUUACAGAUAUCGUCAUGGACACUACAGCGGAUACAUGUGUUCAAGAGUUUCUUCAAAACGUUGAAAAGAUAAACAUCAACAAUGCAUAUCUAGUUGAAAAGGUUUCAACUAUUAAAUCAUUGAUUGAUUUGACACCAAAUCUUAGAUCGAUCACUUUUAAUUGUGAAGUUAGCAAAUCAAGUUGGCUCGAACUAUUUAGGGGAACCACACUGUCAACUGUUAAAUCGAUUAAAUUUGGAAAUGCAGUUGUUAUGUAUCCAGUGGUCACUGGUUAUAUUGGUUGUGGACGAGAAAGAGAAGGUUUUGAAAUCGGCAGUAGUCUUGUCGGUCAACCGACAUCAUGUCUAACCAAGAUUGUUCUUCCCCAUUACUUUGAUUGGAAUGGCUUGGGUCAAGAAUUCAAACAAAACCUUCAAGUUAUAUCACUCCUAUACACCAAUGACAAACCCCGACUGAAUGCAAUCGAUUUCCCAAGAUUGAGACACGUUCAUACCCAAUUGGAAGGUGUUUCCAUCAUCCCAGAGAAUGUACAUAAAGUUUCAUAUCUUGAAGAUGUACCCUUGGAUGCCAUUAAUAUCCUCUCCACUCUAAAUAUUUCAACACUGAGAGUAUUUAAAUCAAAAAAGGAUAAAAAAGAUCCAGAGUACAACAAGAUUCCAACUCUAAAAAAGAUAAUAAUCUUUUCAAAAGCAGAUGUUGAUGAAACUAAUGUUAAUCAUCUAGGAUUUGAUUAUUUUGGUUCAACUUAUUCUGUACAAUUAAAUCAAAGGAAAUUAAUCUAUCUUAAACAACAACAACAACAACAAAAUGAAACAUCCUACAACAAUCACAAUAACAAUAAUAGUAUCAACAUUAAAGAUAAUAAUAUUGUUAAUAAUAUUAUUACAUCAACCAAUUAUAAUAACAUUAUUUUACCAAACUCGAUUAUUCAAAACAUAAUCGGAAUGACAUGGAAAUUAAGAGAACGGUGUACAUGUGUUUAUGAAAAAGAAACUAUUCAAAAAUGGGUUGAUAUUGGACAAGAUAUUCUAAGAGAUGAAAAAGAAAUAGAUAGAUUCAACCAAAUGAAGAAUAAUUGUCCAACCCAUUUCUCACAUACUACUCUCACUCAAAUGUACCGACUAUUGACCUAUAAUUUGAAAAGUAGUAAUCGAUCCAAAUUACAAUUGGCACUCAUCAACAAGGAUAUAUUUGCUUAUAUCACCAAGAAUUGUUUUCCAAUUAUCAACCUCGAGUAUUACGAGUGGCUUGAUGUUCCUAACCAUGCCAAUAAUCCAUAUUGUGUUGCAUUCAAACACUUUACGACUUUAAGAGCUAAUGGGCCCAAGAACAUAUUCCCAGUAUACUCAAAGACCUCAAACUCCAUUUAG